UCAUUACGGCUUAUGGGGCCCCAUCUUAUCGUUACAACUCACAGUAUACGUUACUUACUAUUUUUUCCAAAAUAUCUAUUGAUUCUUUUAUGAUUUGCAAACCCGCAUUGUUUAUUGGCCCAGGAAUGUGAGUUCGGCAUCAGUGUGAUGUGUGCCAGAGCAUGCCCCUGGCAAGGGGUGCCCCUGAGGGGCAACAUCGUUUCUCUGCAUUUCUGCAGACGUGGUUAGGCUUUGGUGGCUGUGUCAUUUAGUCUAGUUCUUUUCCUUGCCCGGAUUCUUAAUUCUGACGAGGUGCAAAGCGGUUGAACAGAGGCCGUACCGAUGGAUUACUCCAAGUCUCUAGGAAUCAAAUUUGCGAACAUUUUUUUGUCCUGUUAUUAAUUGGCUGGAUAUCCAAAAAAUGAAACAAUAAAAUGGGGCCAGGAUACCGAAAUUCUCUUGCUUGCGGCUACAAUGCCUGCGGUUAAACGGAGGUCGAGAUUCCAUCCAAGCACAUGCAGUUGGUGUGUAAUGCUGCUGCUGCAACUCAAUGUGUGUGCGUGAUAUCUGCCGCCAGCCCGGCAGUCGACGUCGUCGGCAGACAAGUUGACCGACGUACUGGCGGAGGCGAUGAUGCAUCACCGGCAGGAUGACCGCAUCGUACUGCCGGGGCUGGCUCCGCACCAUAUCGUGACGGAGAGCGUGGUGUACCGACCGCGUCUGGGCGAGGAUGUCACGUUGCACUGCCAAGUCCCUGGCAGCGUUGGCUGGCACCAUGUGUCCUGGCUGCACCAGGACUGGACCGUCUUCGCAGCCGGACAGCCGCAACCGCUGCCGGUGAUGGACACCACCGGGCAAUCUUAUCGUUUCGACCGCGUUAACAACACCCUGAUUUUUGUCGUGCUAAACGCCACCAUGCGCUCCGGCGGCGUCGUGGAGUGCGUCAUCGACCCCGCCGUGGACCAGAUCUACACGACCCGCCGCCGCGUCCUGCGGCGUUUCCUGCUGCUGCCACUCAUCACCCACCGUGGGGAUGUCUUCGCAGCGUCUGACACACCCUACCUGACGGCGACAGAAGGCGAGCGCUUCGUGGUGCAGUGUAGCAUUCGCCUGCCCAUCCCGAUAGGAAUUCUCGAGAAUCUGCGGAACCACGUGAUGUGGGUCCAUCAUGGCCGCGUGGUCCAGGGUCCCUGGGAGAAGCCCUAUGGAUCUGCCCGGGAGAUCCCUGAUCCUGAUGAUAAUGAGAUGAUGCCCUCCACUGGAAAUCCGCCUCGCGUUAAAUCCGGUCACAGCGAAUUCAUCAACAGCCCCGGACAGCUGGUACACGCUGAAUUAUACUUUACGGCCGUCACACUGGCCAAUGAAGGAUUCAUCCAGUGCCUGUUCCGACCGCAUCAGGAUAUUCAUGAGUGGAUUGUGCAGAGCAUGACGCUGCUGGUGUUUCCCAAGAACAGCACGCAGUAGCGCAGUUAAUCAAACUGUAAUCGCUGUCUGCGAAUAAUUCCGCAAAUGCAUAGGCCGUUUCAGCGCUCUACAGCCUAUGCUCUGCAUCAGCUUAUACUGGAACAUGACAAUCGUUGUUCGUCAGUUUGGUUCACAGAAUCACAGCAGUUGCCGCUCGUAUAAUAUUCGUAGCAGGUGUUGAAGUUUUAUUUGAUUAUCCUUUAACAAGGAAC